AUGACGCCGCGCCCACUCAUUUCUUCUUCGAGGCGUCCUGUAUCCGCCAUCUUCCUAGGAUCGUUACCACCCAAGGAGCAGGUCAUUCCUAACUUUCCUGAGCCUCCAGAAAGCCCAAGUGCAAUAUCGAGUUCAUCUGGUCUUCCUUCACCACCCGCAACCAAUUCAACAGGAAGCGGAUCAACAGGUGAUAACAAGAGUCCGACUCCAAGCAGUCUACGCCAGCGACCUGCCUCGUAUGCCGGUAGCGUAAACAUGCCCCACCGUAAUUAUGACACACCCAGCACACCCGAAAAAUCUUCCAGAAAUAUUGACGACGAUGACGACGACGAAAACGAUUAUUCAAAUGAAGAAGACGACACCGCUCGCCUUGACCGCAGUCAUGCAAUAAAGAGUCCAAACGAAAACCUCAUGGCUUUGCAACGAGUUAAAAGCCUUGCUGAGCGCAACCGCAUGGCCCUGAACAAACUUUCUUCCUUUUCCCGUACUCCCUCUCCUGCAAACUCCCGCGCAUCUCGAUCCCCGCUCCCUCCUAUCCAUGCAUCCACUUCCUCAUCUUCCUCUUCUGCAGCCUCCCGGAUUUCCUCCCACUCGCGUUCUAACAUCGUGACAAGACAGUAUGAUGGAGCACUGCAAUAUGAUAGUGCACUUUCUGGCUCUGAGACAGAACGCGAGAGUCAGCGUGCUCCAACUCCCUCGUACUCUAAUUCACAUUCCAACUCUCGCUCAUAUGGUUCCUCAUCUCCAGAACGUCCAUCAACGUCUCCUCCAAGCACUAGUACAAGAGAACGCCGCAUAUCUGCUCCCGCUUCACCGGCUAGAUCUCGACGGCCUUCUCCUGCCCCUUCGCACACUCCUCGGAAACGAGUAUCUAUCGCCAGUGCACUAUCUGUCCCUAGAGAUAACGCAGCGUACGAUGUGACGAGUGCCGCACUAGCCGCCGUAGCAUCUUCACGACGGAGUCCAACAGGUACAGGUAGCGUUAACCGGCGUUCGCGACAGCCGCUUCCAAGGGAAUUCAGAGACGGUGAUCGAGUCCGUACUUUGGAUAGCAGGACUUCCAUCGAGCCUAUGACACCACAUCAUAACUCGCGUCAGGAUAGCUACACUUCUAAUGCCAACACCUCUCACAGAACCUCUUCAUACACAAAUCCCAAUCCUCAAUAUUCACCACGCGGCACUCGGGCUAACCUUCCGUCAACCGUUCGCGAACUGACGCGCCGUCACCAAACGCGCUGGCUAUCGGACGAUAUCUCCAACCUUCCAGAUUCUAGUCGCAAACAAACACAACGCGGCGGCAGCGCCGAAAGCACCCUGGGAGUUGGAGGACGUCUGGUUGGUGAAGGCUUGCGUGCUGCUGGCAUAGGUAUGCGGAACGGGACCCAGACCAACGAUGACGUCUUUGCACAUAGCAAUGGCUCGCACGUGUCUUUACGUCGCGCACGGACGGCUGCCUCUGGCACCCGUCGAAACGUUGAGUGGGAGGACGAACACAGAGUUGCAGAUGACAGGAGUAGGGCAAGCGGCUCGAGUGGCACGCGACUCAGUGAAGGUGUAGGUCCCUCCACAAGGCCACAUCUGUCGUCAGAUCCGAGCAGAGCUUCAUCUUCACUUUUGGUUGAACGAGACUUGAGAGGGGCGCGCACAGCUUCCUCAAGGCCAGCAACCUCGAUGGCAGAGUUCUAUCACGAGGAGGAUGAAAAUUCUGGAAGGGGAGCGGCAUCUUUGCUCCGCUCCAGGCGGCAAUACUCGGGUAUUGAGCGACAACAUUCGGGAGCAUCGCCUGGUAUCCGUCCGCUUCCUCCUCAACAAGCCCCAGCAGCACCAACACCACCAGACAGAUCACGUAGCGUCGCACUCACUCGACGUCAUACAACAAUGACACCUCUUGGGAAUGGGUCGGUCUCCAGUCACCAACAGAGCGCGGAGCAUACCAAGCUCAUGCUAGAGUCUUUGAAGAUGUUCGAGAAUGUCUUGUCCCGUCUGCCAAAUCAGUCUGCGUCUGCACCAGAUCUGUUCCGCAGCGCAGAGACUAUCGUUCUUGCUUCUGAGAAGUUGAAUGCGUUGUUGAGAACGGGUACAAAUCGAGCGCUGGAACAGCAGAUUGACGCUGAGAUGGAUGAUGAAACAUCGGGUACGAUACCCACGGGUGAAAUUUGGAGGAGGGUCGGAGGGGAGUACCGCGAGAGCCUGCGUGUGAGCGAUGAAGUCGUCCGAACGAUCACAGGAUUUUUGCUUGGAAUCGGCAGAAUUGUAAAGGAGGCAUCCGCUGGUGCUUUGAAUGAACCCGGACCACAGCACUCCAGAAGCGGCCUUGAUGAUGACGUUUCCCGUCGAACACCCGAAAUAGAUAGGAGCAGUAAUAGAAGUCGACAGGAUGGAAGGAGGAGUGUGGAGUCAAGACGGAGUUGGGAGCCUUCUGCUCCCACUGCUGACUUGUCCAGAAGGCUAAGUGGCCAUGAUGAAGGAGUUGUUGUACGUCCGCCUUCGUCAAGAGACCGUGAUCCAGAAGAUCAGCCUUUGUUUCGCAAAUCCCUUCCUCUUCCCCCGCUGCCGCUUUCUGCCACACGUAGGCUUUUCACACCACGAGAACACCGUGAUCGUCAAAUGACGUCAAAUGCACUCGCUUCUCAUAAUUCCUCGUCCGAUAUUGUUGAUCUUUCUCUAGAGUAUGAGCCUUCACCGACACCUGCCGCUCGGGGUGUGCCUGCGGGCCGCCAAAAACCACUUCCAUCUCUUGCCGUCCCCCCUCCUCUUCCUACCUUACCUUCUGAAUCGCUUAUGAGCAAGUUGACGAGCAAUUCACUAGACAAAAGCAACUAUCGCAAAUCAUCUACCACAUCUGCUGCUACCAUCCGAGGUAUGCCCCUGCCACUUGCCAAUCCGACAACCGCUGUAACUACCCAUACGGUAUCCAAUUCCCCUGAAAACUCAACAUUUCCUCUAUCACGCGUUGACUCCAAAGACUCCGUUCGUUCGUCUGUAACAUUCUCACGUCCUUCUGAAGUAUCACUAUCUGCGCUGCAACAACAGCAUAUACGAGACGAGGCACGCAGGAAGGCCAUUAUGUCCUCUGCCAACACUGAAGAAGACGCAAACGUUCCUCGGGCACCUUCGCCUGCUCAAGUCCGUUCUCCACUUUCCGGCUCAGAGACGGAGCGAGAUACUCGCCGGCGAACGUUUGGUGUACGGGCUGCUCGUAUGUCAUUGGACAGCAUUCGUGACGAAAGGGAAGGUGACAAUGGCAGUUCUCAGUCACGCACCGUCACUAUACCUUCGCAAAGGCGGGAGAGGCGACGGACUGUGACUGAGGUGUUUUCAUAG